CCGUGAGAUCUCAUAUGAGAUUAUGAGUCUCAUUGCCUGAGUGCAUGCGCGAGACCGCUGUGACGUCUCGUUCAGUUAGGUUAUUCGUCAAUCCUGCCUGGACGAAAGGGGAUCGUGGCGAGUUUGUAAACAACGGGUCGGCCGAACGGAUUCUCACUCGGUCCGAGUCCGGGAGCCGAUUUCCAACCACGUCCCCUGGUUUAUCAGCUCCCAGGCUUUUUUCAUGAUUUCCCUUCGUUCUGACGACGACUGUUUCGCAGCCGAACGCCUCUACGAAAAGAUCUCAAUCGAUCUCGAACACUUUCUGAAGGGCCAGGAAGAUAAUAGCGUUCUGAUCUUCCCGGCCGUCAACAAUUAUAAGAGAUUCCUCAUUCAUAACUUCGUCCAGAAGUUUUACGAUGGGCUUGAUUCCUUUUCUAUCGGUGUCGCAGAAAGGAGACGAGUUGUAGUCUACAGUCGAGCCAAAGCCAGUAAAAUCAUGGAUAGUAAGGAACAACCACCUGUUACUAUUAAAAGAAGAAUUCCAGAAGGACAUUAUAUUCCACCGCCUGCCAGGAAAGCACUGUUACAAAAUGAAGAGCAAAUUAAAGAAAGAGUCAGAGUUGCUCAGCCGAAAAUUGAUAAUAAGGAUUCACGGAAGGCGUGCAACGAUAGCAGUCUCUUGUUUCAGGAAGGCAAUGCUAAAUCCCAACGGACUAGCAAAAAGGUAAAACCUAAGCAAACCCAACCGAAACAGGGUAAAACUGAGGUUCAAGAAUGUACGAACAGUUCAAAAAUUGAUGUCAAACGAGAUAACAACGAAACUUCUGAAAAGUCUGUGUUAAACGAGUUGGAGACGUCCAAGUGUCAGGUGCAAGAGCUUAACCCUAAAGCCUCAGACAUUGUUUUAAAACUUGAUGGAUACAGCGAAAAAGUUAAUACCAAAUUGGUUCAGAAAGAGGAAGUCGUUGAAAAAAAAGAAGAGGGAAAAACAAAAGUGAAAAAUAAGAAACCGAAAGCCAAGGCCCAAAAGGAAAACAAAUUAGAGCAAAACAUGAUUUCAGCAUCUAGUUCCUGCGACAAUGAAAUCACCAGUAAAAAAAAAAGCGUGACACCUAAACAAGUGAAAAAUCUUCCUAUGGAAGUAGAAGAUUGGGAGUCCCUCUGUGAUGACUUAGGCGAUGAUUCUUUGACCACUGCAGAGGUUAAUGAGAUUACUGAGAAAGUUGGAAAGAUGAAAGUAUGCAAAGCAAAAGAAAAGUACACCGAUGAUUCUAAUGAUGAAUGUGGGACCAUUAUUGAAAUAUAUGGUUUUAAUGAGGAAAUCAAGACGAGUGACCUGAUAGCCAUUUUUGGAAGUUAUGCUUCUCGUGGAUUUAAUCUAAAAUGGGUUGAUGAUACUCAUGCUUUAGGAAUUUUUGCUAGUCCUCGUUUAGCGGAAGAGGUUCUUAAUACCGAUUUGCCCAUGAUAAAAACUCGCCCACUUCAUAAAGCUUCCCAACAAUCUCAAGCGAAAGCGCGAACUAUGGUACUGCCUUCUGCAUUAAGGCCAAAAACCUGUACUGCUUUAGCUCGAAGACUAGUCUCAGGUGCACUGGGAGUAAAACUGUCAGUGACGCCGGAACAGAGAGCAGCUGAAAACAAGUUACUGCGAGAAGCAAGAGAAACAAGAAAGCAAGCAGCUAAAGACAGAGAUGCAGCGUGGGAAGGAAAUUUCUCAUCAAAAUGAGUAACCAAGUGUUACCGGUUCCUCGCCGGACCAAUGGCAAUUCACCCGGUCGCCGGGUACGUGGGGCUCAAUGGAGAUUUUUUCCCGUGGCCACUUCGUCUCCAAAAGUAAAAUAAUCGGGCGCCACACUGUUUUUAUAUUUUUUUUUUCUUCCUUUCGGAAAACAGUGAAACCCUCGGGGUAUAAGAAGAUAAAAAAACUUUUAAAAAAACAACAAGAAAGUAAAAUAUCAGUGUCCUCUGUAUUGUGAAUAAAA